GACUCCCAGUGUUUAGUCUGGACCGGUGGCCUGGCUGGCUGCCCCCUACAGGUGGAUGAAUGAAGACCCCAUUCAAGAGCCCAGCGGCCCCGCGGCCCCGAGCGGACGGGGGUGAGUUCCCGGAGCAGAGGAAAGACGAUUACUACGACUCCCAUGGACAUUCAGGCGUGUCUGCAAACAUGAUGAAGAAGAAGAACUCACACAAGAAACAGAGGACCAGUGUUGGUCCCAGUAAGACUCUGGCUCAGCCCAGAAGGAACAUCGUGGGCUGCAGGAUCCAGCACAUCUGGAAGGAGGGCAGUAAGUCGUCUCAGUGGAAGGGGACGGUCCUGGACCAGGUCCCCGUCAACCCCUCCCUCUACCUGAUCAAAUACGACGGUUUCGACUGCAUCUACGGCCUGGAGCUGUACAGCGACGAGCGGGUGGUGGGGCUGGAGGUGCUGCCCGACAGAGUGGCUCCGGCCCGUGUCAGCGACUCGCUGCUGGCGGAGACAAUGAUCGGUAAAGCGGUGGAGCACAUGUUUGAGACGGAGGACGGGCCGAAGGAGGAGUGGAGGGGGAUGGUUCUGGCCCGAGCGCCCAUCAUGACGUCCUGGUUCUACAUCACGUACGAGAAGGACCCGGUCCUCUACAUGUACCAGCUGCUGGACGACUACAAGGAGGGAGACCUCCGCAUCAUGCCCGACUCCAACGACAGUGUGACGGCGGAGCGGGAGCCCGGCGAGGUGGUCGACAGUCUGGUGGGCAAACAGGUGGAGUACGCCAAAGAGGACGGCGGGAAGCGGUCGGGGAUGGUCAUCCACCAGGUGGAGGCCAAACCCUCCGUCUACUUCAUCAAGUUCGACGACGACUUCCACAUCUACGUCUACGACCUGGUCAAGACCUCCUAAGACCAGAAGACCUGGUUCCAGGACAUCCCCAGAAAGACUUUACCAAGUCCUGCCUAGAUCCACCAAACACCCCCCACCGA